AUGCUGCAGGAGAAACCAAUCAGAGGCAAGUUCCAGUGCCAAUUGUGUCCGGACAAGAUUCUGAUCAACGAAAAGCACAUGGAGGCGCGUUUCGUCGGGAUGAAAUGCAGACUUCGGCGUUUCGUGAUGUCCUUCGUGCAGUUGCACCUGCAAAGCGCUGGGCACAAGAAAAAUGUGAAGCGCUUUGAAAGAGCGAAGGAGAUGGGCGUUGAAGCCUUUGAAGCCGAAUGUGCUGCGAAGGUACAAGCACGUGCGGCGCAGGAAGCUGCUCGAGCAGCUGGGGCGCUGUCACGGAAAGAGCAAAAGAAUCAAAGUUAUUGGCAGCGCCGGAAUCAGCGAAAGAAGGCCACUAAAGAAGAGAAGAAGGCCAUGAAGAAAGAAAAAGCUGCGAAACGCAGCCAGGUUCAGAAAGGUGAGGUGAAGGAGCUCAAGAUGAAAAGUGAAGUGAAAGAAUUUGAAAAGAAGCCCAAAAAAUCCAAAGCCGAGAAGGCUCAGGAAGUGGCAGAGGAGGAAGUGCCUUUGAAAGCGACUUCCAAGCCUAAAAAGAAGAUGAAAACCACUAAAGCUUCCAGGCUCCAAAGUGAAGAACUGGAAGGCAGGGAAGGGAGUCUCACAUGUUGUUUUACCCUGUGA